GUUGCCUUGUUUACAUCGUGGCACGCGGGUCAGGAGUGCGGCGGCUGCUGGGGGGCCUAGAGGACGAAGUGCUUUUUACAACGCGUACACACAGCCUCAUUAACACAGCAGCGGCAGCAAACUUUCUCUCCCGUUAAAAAAAAAAAAAAAAAACAAAAAAAAAAAACAACCCAAAACUUUUCAGCAACGCAAGAAGAGGCCGAGCCAGGCGACUUCACCCCCCUCCUCGUGCCCUUGGACAGGAAAGGGAAAGUCCAAAAAAGAGACGAGCACCAUCACAAUCAGUGGUGUCUGCCUGCGCGUGAAGAAGGAAUAGCUUAGCAACAGAGUCCCACUUCCUGACAGGAGGAAACGGAUUCAGGGCCGUAACACAGUGGAUAUGGACACUCAGCCACAAGGACAGCAAGCGGCUGUGCCAGUGUUUCAGUCACAGAAACCUUUGCAGCCAGACAUGGGCCACAAUUCACUUGCUAACUUCCAGAUUGAGAAGAAAAUAGGCCGCGGACAAUUCAGUGAGGUUUAUCGGGCGAGGUAUCUGCUAGACAACACAUCUGUGGCCCUGAAGAAAGUCCAGAUAUUUGACUUGAUGGAUGCCAAAGCUCGGCAGGAUUGCAUCAAAGAGAUAGAUCUUCUUAAGCAACUGAACCAUCCAAAUGUGAUAAAGUAUCAUGCGUCUUUUAUUGAAGACAAUGAGCUAAACAUAGUACUGGAGCUAGCUGAUGCCGGAGACCUGUCACGUAUGAUCAAGCACUUUAAGAAGCAGAGAAGGCUUAUCCCUGAAAGAACUGUGUGGAAGUACUUUGUCCAGCUUUGCAGCGCACUUGAGCAUAUGCACUCCCGGAGAGUCAUGCACAGAGAUAUCAAGCCAGCCAAUGUAUUCAUUACAGCUACAGGAGUAGUGAAGCUAGGAGAUCUGGGACUUGGACGGUUCUUCAGCUCCAAAACCACGGCAGCUCACUCUCUCGUGGGUACUCCAUACUACAUGUCACCGGAGAGGAUACAUGAAAAUGGAUACAACUUCAAAUCGGACAUCUGGUCGCUAGGAUGCCUGCUCUACGAGAUGGCAGCCCUGCAGAGUCCAUUCUAUGGAGAUAAGAUGAACCUCUACUCCCUUUGUAAGAAGAUAGAACAGUGCGACUACCCUCCUCUUCCAUCAGAUCACUACUCUGAGGAACUGAGGAACUUGGUAGAUAUGUGCAUCAACCCCGACCCGGAGAAGAGGCCGGACAUCGCCUACGUGUAUGACAUCGCCAAACACAUGCAGAACCUGACGCAGGGCAGCUAAGCCCGGAAUUGCACAAACUAUAGCUUGUAAAACACAUCCCCCCUCAAUUUCCAUGCUGGACGUGUACACAUCUAUCCGCUUCUAUGCAAUUACUUAGUCCAGAGCUCAUUGUGAUAAGCGGGACAGCAUUUAUAACAUGGUUUUUGGAGGAUAUAAACGUGACUGGCAGCCUAAAUCCUUCCCGCUCAAGGUAAACAUUAUGCUAAAAUGAUACCCCCCUCAAAUCACUGUUCAUAUUGCAUUUCUUUUUUCAUUAAGGGUCGCAAAAGGUUUACAGGCAGUUGAAUCUAGCAGGUGAUAUUUAAACUGUAAGUUAGUUUUCAUAACAAAUGCUGUAAAAUAUAACAGCAAAGAUAAGUAAAGCGAAAGUAAGUUAAGUUUUAAAGACGAUUAAGCACAAUGAUCCCAGAGUUUAGAGAUAUAAAAAUAAGAAGGUUUGGAUGGAAGUGUUGCACUUUUUAUUGUGCUACAGCAUGCCCGGCAGGGUGCUUAUGGGCAGUAUUUGGAAAGCAAGGUUGGUUCAGAGGGUCGAUUAGUGAUGUGCAGGUGGGAGAACAUGGGCAAAUGGCUACACAACACUUUGAAUGUUUGUCAGUUUGACACUCAUGCAUUGUCUUUCAAGAGUCUGCCUCUCUUUUGACAGCCUUGAAGGAGUAGUAGAAACUAUGCCAAAAAAGCAGUUUCACAUCUGCUGUUUACCUUUCUCACUGACAGCAAAAGAUUUAUUUCUUGGUUUGAUUUGGACUUUCUUUGGGAGCAGCAGUAAAUGACAAAAAGCAAACAUAUACAUGACCUACCAGGAUGUCUAUUGCUAAAAGUGUGUGAAUACUUUUGGUGAGUAAGUUUGCGUACGUGUCGUGCGGGAACUAAUGUCUUAAAGAGACAGCUGAUUCUUACCUUGUAUGUCGUCCAUUUAGUGGACCAUCACAUGGCAAAUUACUAGAUGAUGAGCCUGCAUGAGAUACGUGCAAUAGUUUGUUCAAAAAUGUCGUUCACUCAGCAGCUUUAUCGUCUGUAUCAGUGUGCAAACCCCAAACAGAACAAUCCUUACGAAACGCUCUACAAAUGUGGCGGACAUUCUGUAUUGAGAACACUGUUUUGACAUUAUAUUAAAGUAGUGAUUCGGUUAGGGAAUAUUAUUUUAUAAGAUACAGGAAUACAAUCUCUUUGUGGGUCUAUUACUAAUAACACGAGUUAUUUUAUGACAAAGAUCCUACAAAAUCCUUGUGAGAAAUGGGCUGGUCCACAUUGUUUGUAAUUCGUAGUAUAACAUUUACCUACUUUCUGUUCUCUGUUCAAACACCAACGUUUCUAAUUAUAAUAUUCUAAGAGGCUCUUUAAUACGUGAACUAGGUUUACAAAAGUGACACAUAUGUAGCACUAUCACUGGUUUGCAUCACAGUGAUACUACCGUACAUGAAAGGCAUAGUUAAUCAACAGUAACAGUCACACUGCGUUCUUUUAGCACUAUCAGAAAGCCCGUUUUCCUAGUUAAUUAGUUCUACUAAACAUUAUUUUAUAAGCAUAUUAGUUUUAAUGACAGAAGUCCUUCAACAAACACAAGAAAAAUACCAUACUUGUUUCCCUCAAUUCUUUGACACAAAAAAAAACACCUCAACGUAACAUUACUGAAACGUUUUUGACUUACCUAGUUUACACUGACCUCCAGAAGUGAUGUAUCCCAUAUUGUUUUUUAAAUGUCUGAAUUUGAUUGUAAUUGAAAGGAAUGUUUUGCCUCCGACUUAAAAUGUCUUUAACAUUUUUUAUUGUCUUUGCACUUACAAGAGGUAAUUUUGUGCGUGUUGUGCACACGCUGUGUUCAGUCAGAUUGCUUUGCCUGAAGUUGGACGUGCACAUUGCGUGUUAUGUUUUGUUUGUGAACAGACAAUGAGAUCUAGGUCGUUUGUAAGUUCUCACAAGGGGCUUGUUAAAUAUACAUAGUACUGGGGAUUAUGGCGGUUCAUAAGGUUUAUUCCUCCUUCACGCAAAGUAUCACAGGGCUCUACUGUGUCCCAUUAUUUUACCUUGACUCUGUUACAUUUUCCAAAGGCCAUCUUAUGUAAGUUGUUUCAUUGGAGAGUCGAGGGGUUUUCCCAAACGUAAAAUAAUAGGCUCUGUACAGGCGUUAUUUAUGGUUCGGCUAGUGGUUGGUUUGAUUUAAUCUUGUGUUAAAGAGUCCCACCAAUGCCAUGUAUUUCAUCUUAAUGCAAUAAAGCUCUAACAUUUACUA